AUGACUCCUAUUACCAACCCUCAACUAAGAUUUCCAAAAAUUAUAAUUCCUUACCCUGAUAAAAUGAAAGCUUUACAAUAUACCAAAUAUAAUGAAAUAAAAUUAGUUGUUUUGGAUACUCCCAAGGUUACAUCACCUUAUGACAUAAUUGUCAAAGUACACGCAUCUUCUCUCAAUGGAAAAAUCCAGCUUUUACAAUCACCAAUUGUUCUUGGUUUAGAUUUUUCAGGAGUAAUUGUAGCAAAGGGUAAUUCUCCAGAAGUGAAUAGAUUUUUCUUGAAUGAUCCUGUAAUGGGAACCGUUAUAACUGGAAUCCAUGCUGAAUUCAUAAAAGUUGAUGUCCGGAAAGAUACAAUUGAAGAAAAACCGUAUUCAAUUACACAUCAAGAAGCCGCAACAAUUCCCUCGUGCUUUUUACAGGUUUUAUGGGCUUUGUACAUAGAUGAAAAACAAAAACCUCAUAAACCGAAAAUUCUGAUCAUUGGUGCAUCUGAAGGAUUAGGAACUUUGGAAAUUCAAGUAGCAAAACAAUUAUUUGAUGCCAACGUAACUGCAAUUUGUUCUUCAGAACAUAUUGAACUUGCUAAAUCUCUAGGUGCAGAUUUUGCUUAUGAUGAAAAGGAAUCGUCUAAUGAAUUAUUAAAAACCCAAAAUAAUUUUGAUAUCAUAUUUAAUGUAAUUGGUUACAAUGAUAAAAAUUAUCCAAAAUAUAGAUCACUCUUAAAGAAGAAUGGUAUAUACGUGACUACAGUUGGAAAAGAAAAAUUAACAUAUUGUACAUAUAUUCGGGUGACUUUUAGUACGAUUUAUCGUAAAUUAAUUGGUUUAUUUACUUCAACAAAAUAUAGAAUUGUGUUUGCUAAAAAUCAUAAAGAUUUUAAAAAUGGUUUAACAUAUAUUGAAAGGAGAGAAAUUCGAAGUUUUAUUUCGAAAGAAUUUGAUUUAAAAGAUAGUGAGAAGGCCUUUGAAUUAUUAGAACAAGAAGGGUACGGCGUAGGAUAUUAUACCUACAAAUGGAUUAUUUAUCCAUUGUAUCUUUCACCUCUUUGUAAAAUUCCUGGUCCACCAACCGAUCAUUUUUUGUUGGGAAACUUUGUAGGAGUACCUCAGAUAAAAUGGACCAAGGAUUAUGGAGGAAUUAUUUGUUAUCGAGGAUUAUUUAAUGAACCUCGAAUAUCAAUUACCGAUCCCCAAGCUUUACAAAAAGUGCUGGUCUCCGAUGUUUAUGAUUAUCGUAAACCAAUAUUUUUCUCUGUAAAGAAAAUUCUGGGAGAAGGAAUUGUGCUAGCUGAAGGAGAUGUUCAUAGACAAAUAGGUCAUUUAUUAAAAGAAAUUUGGAUAAAAGAAUUAGUUGAUAACAAAGAAAGCAAAAUUGAUCUCAUGCCAUAUAUAUCAAAAGCUACACUUGAUAUUAUUGGAAAAGUUGGCUUUAAUUGUCAAUUUAAUUCUUUAACAUCUGAAUGUGAACUUGUAUCAGCUUACCAUAUGCUUCUCAAUUCAGGGCAAAAAUUAAUUAUUCUCCUCUCAAAUCUUUUUAAAAUAAUCCAUAAACUUCCUAUUAAGCAUAAUUAUAUAAUAAAAGAAGCAACAAAAAUUAUUGAAAAAGAAUCAUCAAAGUUGGUGAAUGAGGGUUUAGAAAGGGCCAAACGGGGUAAUUUACAGGGAAAUGAUAUUUUAUCCGUUUUGAUAAAAAGGAAUGAAGAAGAAAAAGAUAAUGAGAAAAUGUCUUUUGAUGAACUUAAGUAUCAAAUAAUGACAUUCCUUGUAGCAGGUCAUGAAACGUCAAGUGUAGCAAUUGGAUGGGGACUAUAUCAUUUAUCAAAAGAUAAAGAAUCACAAGACCUUCUAAGAAAAGAAUUAAUUAAUGAAUUUCCAGACCCAAAUUUCAUUCCAACUUUUGAUCAAAUUAAUAAAUUGGAAUAUUUGAAUGCAGUUGUUAAGGAGACACUCAGGGUUGAUCCACCAGCUCCCGUUGUCUUACGUGUUUCGAAUAAAGAUGAUUUUAUUGGUGGUUAUUUUAUUCCAAAGGGAACUACAGUAAUUAUCCCAAUAAACACAAUACAUAAAUUACCAUCAAUUUGGGGUCCAGAUUCAAAUGAAUUCAAACCUUCUAGAUGGCUUGAUCCAAGCAUCUCAUCGUCUAAUUCAAAAAUAAAUUCUAAUUAUUCAUGGAUACCAUUCCUAACUGGAGCGCGAAGUUGUAUUGCUUCUAAAAUGGCUUUGAACGAAGUAAAAGUGUUAUUAGCAAUUUUGAUCAGAAACCUUGAAUUUAGGGAUGAAGGUCAAAAGAUUAAAAAGAAAUUGGCUUUAGUAUCAAUGCCAGAUCCUGGUGUCACGCUUUGGGUAAAGAAAGUGGAUACAAAUUGA